UAAUAUGUGCCACUUGAUCAUGAUCUAUAUAAUAAGCCCCAUGUUACUACGAAUCAGAAGCCAACUAUUCCCCACUCACAGCCUGGUUGUCUCACCAUCAUCCUUAGAUUCACUGCAAAUUUGUUUGUCUUAUCUUACCAAAGGCCUCAUAGACUAGACAGGAAUCUUUGGCAUCCAGACAGCACAGAUAGAUAUGCAGUGCUGUUCAUUUGACUGAUACAGUCAUCACACAUACCCACAAGCACAGACAAAAAAUAUAUAUAUUAUAAAAAGUGGGAACAAAGCAUCCACUGUAGGCAUGCAGAUUCUUCAAUGGCUCUUUAAAAGGGCACAUGAACAAGAAAGAAAGAGUAGCAACUUCAAUCUCCCUCCCAAAUGGGAAGAUAUCGGUGCUCAGAAUGGUAAAGGGAAAGAGGUAAAUCUACUAAAGAGUGAUAGAUCAUACAAAAGAGCAAGAAGAAACAAAUGGAGUACCCCUGGCUGCAAGAACUUUAAGAUAUUCACUUUUCUAUAUAGAAAAGACAUUCAAAAAGCUUUCUUUUACAGCACCCUCAACUUAAAGAGACUAAGGAGCUUCAAUAGGAGACAGUUUUUGCACUUCAUGAAGAUGAAGAGAGAAGAACCAUCAAGAGAAGUAGGAAGUGUUGGCAAGGCAGAUUCAGGUGGCCAUGUUGGAAACAAGGUUUUGCCAAUAACCGAGGCACCAUUGUCAUCCUCUGCUGAAAGAAAUGACCAAUGUGAUGCCACAGAAACUAAAGAUGAAUCCAAGGAUAAGAAAAAGCCAAUGUCCAGAAUGAAAGAGCUUCUUAGAUGGGCUGCUUCUGCAAAGACAGAGAAAGGAGGGAAAUUCAAUGGAAGAAAGGUUUUAAUGUUCAGAAGGCGUGGAACCCUGAAAGCAGUUCCAGAUGAUGAUCAAGGUUGCACUGAGUCACCCAAGAUCAGUUUCAGAUGGGAUGUAGAAAGUUGCUCCACCACUUCCUCUGCCUACUCAGCAAUCUCACUAGCUUCCUCAUCAAAAAAUGGACAAAACCAAAUUGCAACUUCCUCUAUAUGCAUCCCUCCUGAACACACUGGCCAUAACAACACAUGUAGAAAAGGAAACUGGAUCACCACAGACUCUGAAUUUGUGGUGCUGGAGCUAUGAAGAUUGAGGCUAAAAUGGAUAUUCCAUCAUGUGUGGUGAAGUGUUGGCUAGCAAUCUACAUCACAAGUUAUUGCUCUAAAUGUGUCAUGUUCAUGGAUCAUUUUUCUGUCAGAUAUUUCUAGAGAUUUUAUAUGACUUAACUAAAGAUAGAGAGAUCAAGAAGCAAGGGAAAGGGAUGUAAUAUCAGUAAUUAAUGAUCUGAAUGUGCUAGAUGGGGAUCAAAAAGAUCAUAUGCCAUGUGCAUGGCAUGAGAAUGUUCUGCAUCUACAUUAUUAGGGGUAUAAAUUAGUUACCUGUUGACUGACCUAAUUAAUGUAGAUGGUUUUCCCAAUUAGUGGAUGGGACCAAUUAUUACUGUAAAUCUAUAAUAAUCAGCAUUGAUGAUUAUCUGAAAUGAGAGUUCAAUGUCAUAUUAUGCUGUUA